AUGUCUGAUAAAGGCCUAGCAUGUAACCUCUUUCUGGUUGGUCCUCCAUCGGGUGGUAGGCCAUCCACGUUGUCUAACCCUAGUGGCCUUCCACACAUCUCUCUUAUAGGUGGUUUUGUAGCAGAAGCCAGGUCAUCAACUUUGUCUGGCCCUAGUGGCCGUCCACGCAGUGGUUUUCUAUCGGGAGCCAGGCCAACGCCUUUGCCCGAUCCUACUUGCCUUCCACAUAACACUUUUACAGGAGGUUCUGUAUCGGGGGGGCUGUCAUCUCCUGACAUUAGUGGCCUUCAACAAAACCCUUUUUUGGUUGGUUCAUCACCGACAUCCAGGUCAUCGUCCGACCCUAAUGACAUUCCAAGCAUCCCUUUUCCAGGUGGCCUUUCACGCACUUCAGUUAGGACGACAAGGUCGGGAUUCUCAGGGAGUAGUAGCAUGGGUGCCAUAAAUACGCAAAUGGGAUUGACUAAUGCUAUAAUAGAUAUAGGGGUGGUACAAAAUGUUGGGAAGGGUAUUGCAUAUGGUUAUGAGAUGAUAUGA